ACCGUGGCAUCAACUAUGAAAAAUUUCUGAGUGAGUGUUUGGCCUUGAGUGUUGUUUUCAAAUAUAAAGUUUUAAUAAAGUGAUUUACCCAUGAUGUUGUCAACACCAACAAGAAUGAACGUUUUUCUCCAACGAAUGCUGAGAAAGAGCGACGACGAGGGUGAAACGGAGACAAUGAUGUUACCUAAUCACCCCCCAACGGAGAAUUCCCCUCGGAAAUCCAAAUGGAUGCGAAAAUUGAGUGGAUCCCCGAUCAAAACCAAGAGCAUCUCCAGGGAAAUGUCUGACCCGAUGGUCCACGGAACCACACCGAUGCCCAUCCAACGAGCAGCUACAUUGCCUACACCCCAGGAAGCCGAGGAUCUGGGAAAAAUAAUUCAAGAGUUUGAGAUAAACUACCUGUCGCCGACGAAGCAGAUGACGCAGCAGGAGGUAGAGACAACUGGUAAAUUCGUUAAAAAAAUGGUAGCAGCGUUUGAGCAAAAAUACAAGAGCCUCAAAGAAUCCGAGACUGAAGCCACCGAGAAGCUCUUAAAACGUCGCAGCUUGCCAGCGGUGUCUGAGCAGCACCAGGAAGCCCGUCACAACUUCUUCAACGAGACAUACGUGAUAAAACCCACAGAGGUUUGCACCACGUACCACGAGGAUAACCUCAACGUCUCCUACAAUCCCCUAGACGAGACCAUAGACAUCAGCAGAAGUUCUUUCACAACUCUAGACCUGAGCAGAACUUCUUUCCUGAUGGACGAGGAACUGUCCUCGACUCCAGUAAAGUCCGAGAAGGCCCCGACCCCAGUAAAACAGGUAUCACCACCUCCAAGAGAUAAUUCAAGAGCUCCAAAAAUUGUGGGCGCCUUCCUGAAGACGCCCAUCGAGGUGGAAGACACAUCGAUCGACUGGAUCCCCAUAACUGGCAAGAAGCUGCCACGAAAGCACUCGUUCAAAAAACUCCUGUCCAUUCUGACAGGUAGAAAAUCUAUCCCCAAGGGCAGCAAGCUCUUCUGCUCCCAAUCCCACACAAAUUUAAGUGAGGAAUCCCCCAAGGAGCACCACGACUCUGGCUACGACGAGAAAUCCUCAUCAACAUCAUCACUCACAUCUCUGGUAUCAUUCUCAGAUAUUCUUCAUCACCAGGAGAAUUAUCUCUCAGACAUCGACAAGAGAACGUCAGUCUCGACAUUUCAUGUCCCCAAGAAGACGGAGGACAAUCCGGAGAUCGGCGAUGAUUUCUCAGAGACAUCGAGUGAGACAUCAAAGAAACUCGUCUUCGAGGAGAUACCGAGAUCCGAGGUGCGUCUCUCUCUGGGUCCAAGUUUUCCCUUGAAAGCCGUUAUCAUGCGACAAGCCAGUGGAUCAAGUCUAGGAUCAGUGGGAUCAAUGACUUCCCUGGCAUCCGGUGAUAUCGAUGAUUUUGAAUUGAACUCUGACGAUACACCAGUAGCUUCACCACUACCCAAACAUCCUUACGUCUCCUCCAAGGACAAUCUUGAUGAGAGUGAUGACUCCUCUCAGGACAUCACUCAGGUCGAGCUGCGACAGCCCUCGUGGAAGUUCCUGGAUAAUACUCUGUACUAUGAUACACCCAGGAGUUAUUUGUCGAGGUCUGAACCGGGAAUGAAUUCAUCGAGGUGGAGCAACUUCGAGGAGGCACACGUUUAUGAUACACCUGUUAUCAAACUACCUCAGAGACCCAAGUCCAGUGUCUAUGAGGAUGCCUUGUCUCUCAAGAGGAGAAAUGUUGGGGCUUAUUCUGGGGGAAGAGCCUCGGAGUAUUAUGGCUUCCAGGAGGACGAGCCUCAUUAUGCCACUGUCAAACCUAGGAAUAUCAAAAUUCUACCGAGCAAAGAUCUACUCAGAUCCAUGGGCGAUCUAUCCUACAACUCCAAGGGAUCGCGUUAUCAAGGAUAUGAUCACCUCCCGAUGUUUUAAUUAAUGAUAAGAGUAAUUGGGACGAGCAGAGUCAAAGGUGAAUAUUCAAUGAAUUUUUAAUCACGAGGAAUAUCGAUUUAUCACGAAAACUGUUGGUUUUGGGAUAAAAUAUCAAAAGCACUUAUUUCUCGGAAAUUUCGUCAACCACAAAAAAGUUUUUUAUCAUUUUUGCAUCAGAUCGAUGGUUCACGAGAUAAUGAGCAAUUACUAUUUUUAUUAUGUCAGUUUAUGGUUUAAGAAUUUAGCUUGCCGUUUUGAUUUGGGGGUGGAUUUAUCUCGAAAACUAUUGGUUAUGAAAAAAACAUGAAGAGGACAUAUUCCCUGGAAAUUUAGUCCCCCACAAAAAAGUUCCUCAAUGUUUCUUCCUCAAACCGAUUGUUCUCGAGAUAAUCAACAAUUACGAAUUUUAUUGCAUCAGUGUAUCUUUUAGGGAUUUAGCCUGGGACUCUUAUUUAUGAAGAUUGACAGUUCUACGCUGUGUUUUUUUUUCUUGAAUGAAAUGAAGAGAUAACUCGGGACAGUCGAGCCACGCGACAAGUCCUUUGAGCCUUAUCGUAUUUUUAAAGGAGAACUAAUCUUUCGUAUUUGAGGGGUCAAAUACUCGAAGUCGAACUGGUGAAUCCAGAGGGAUAAAAAAUCGUGAUACUUUAUACGGGAAAAGACAGGCGCAUUGAUUCGAGGAAUUUAAACUCAAUUUGAGGGAUUCUUGGGGUGUCUGUAAAGUGACACAUCACCAAAGACUAUUUAAUUCAAAUUUAUACCUAUUUUUUGUGAUUUUAUCAGCUCCCAGCGUCUCCAGUAUUUGCAAAUGCGAAUAGUCGAUGAGAUCGCACGAUCCUAGGGAUUAAAAUACAAUUAUUAUUAUUAACAUCAUUGUAAAUAUCUAGGAAAGUGAUAUAAAUUAAUGUAAACAAUUAAUUCAUUCGUCUAAAGCAUUUGGCGUUAAAAAUUUUAUCCUGACUAGAUGCAUUAUGAAUUUUUACGAUCGUAAUCGAAUGUUUUUUUUUUUUUAAUUAUUUUUAAAAUAAUCUGCGGCUGGAGUGAUCAAGAGAUUAAUCAAGUCCUCGAAUGUUUAGAGAUUGUAAUAAUGGGGGGAAAAAUUUACAAGUGUAAGUUAAUUCUCGAUGGAGAAUGAAUAAUGUGACUAUACGAUAUUAAAUAUUGUGCAUAUCAGCGUGAAACAGUAUUGAGCAAUUACUUCCUAAGCAUGUGAUAUAAAAAUAAUUAUUGGAUCCAAUAUUUCAUAAUUAAGCCUGAGAUAUUUUUACAUUACUGCUUAAAAGUACUGUCACUUUACUGUGGCAUUAUCACGAAAUUUUUGAGAAAAUUGGAAAUAUUUUAAUUAUUGUAAGAGC